AUGACUUUCACAGUCCUGAGCGAGAAAAUUGAAAAAUGUCUUAUUGAGCAAAUGAAUGAAACAACAAAUCACAAAAAUUUGAAGAAGAACAUGUAUACGGAAUGGGAUUCAAAGAUGAAACUCUCAUUUCCAAAUCUAAUUAUCCCACCCCUAUUUGGCAAAGGAAGCCAAGAUGUAAUGAUAAAUCCAAGGUUAAAUGUCAAAUGGGAGUCCCUUGAGCAAGGAUGGUAUAAAAUCAAUUUCGAUGGAGCCUCUGCGGGUAAUCCAGGUCCAAGUGGUAUUGGUUACAUUGUUAGGGAUUCUAAAGGGAAAUGCCUCAAGGAAAUCGCAGAAAAUAUUCGAGUAGCAACUAACAAUGAAGCCGAAUUCCAUGCUGCAUAUCGAAGUCUACAGUUGGGCACAAAUUUAGGAUGGCACAAUAUACAUUUAGAAGGUGACUCUAUGAAUGUCAUCAAUGCCAUCCGAAAUAAACAAAACCCCAGCUGGCACCUUAACCAAUGGUUACGGCCGAUACUAGCCCUGCUAGAAAGGCUAGAUGAUUUUCAAAUAAGCCACGUAUACAGGGAAGGCAAUUCAGAGGCAGAUAGGCUGUCCAAAUUUGUUGUCGCGCUAGGAAAUUGA